GCUGCUCCUCAUUUGGAAAUUCCGGGAUGAUAUCAUGAGUAAGGAACAAUAGGAGGAGGCAGAGAAGAUGGAAAGUGAAAGUAAAGCUGUCAAAAGGAGAACGAGUGCAGCCUCAGAGCAGAGCAGACGUAGGCCGCCAACGGAACAGCACAGACCGUGUGGGUCUGGAUGGUCACGGUGGAAGCAUGACAUCAUGGAGAAACUUUACCUCCCUGUUUCUCCUUGUGCUCCCCCUGAUUGAGCUGUCAGAGGAGGGCUGUUUGGAUUACCUGUCAGAGAAGGGAAUGGCCAUCAACAAUCUGUCAUAUUUGGUCCCCCUUGUAAAGGCCAAUAGCGCCAAGAACACACUCUUAUGCACUCUGGAAAAUGGGUGCAGAAAGUUUAAAAAUGAAGGCGGAAACGAUCCAGAGAAGCUGUGCAGUCUGUUUUAUGACUGCUUUCCAAAUGACUCAGAGCUCGACCAGGAGUUAUGUCAAGGGUUCAGCGGUCAGAACAUCUCUGUGUAUAACCUGAGGUGCUUAAUAGCCACUGCAAUCAAUCAGGAAAUUAAAUAUAAAGGCUGCAACUAUGAUAAUGUAUGCAGUCUCUAUUCGGAACUGAAAUCUAUGGAUCAAACAUCACCACCACCAACAACAACACCGUCAACAACAAGAGCACCGCCACCAAUAACAACACCGUCAACAACAACAAGAGCACCGCCACCAAUAACAACACCGUCAACAACAACAAGAGCACCGCCACCAACAACAACACCGUCAACAACAACAAGAGCACUGCCACCAACAACAACACCGUCAACAACAACAAGAGCACUGCCACAAACAACAACACCGUCAACAACAACAAGAGCACUGCCACCAACAACAACACCGUCAACAACAACAAGAACACUGCGAGAAACAACACCGCCAGAAACAGCAACAGUAUUGCUGCCAAUAAAAGAAACACCAAGAGCAUUGUCACUAACAACUACAACAACCACAAUAGUCACACAAAGCGAAGUUACAGGGAGUAAUGCCGCAGCUUUAACAAAUAAACAUGAAGCAGACAAUAAGAGUAUACACGACAAAGGUCCUGUAAACAUGAUGAGUUUAUUAAUGAUUUCCAUGAUCCUUAACCUGCUCCUGCCACUGACUGUUUACCUCCUCAUGCGCAUGAGGACACAGAACCGGACACAGGACCGGAUACACAUGGAUGGACUCUGGAGGGACCCGGGAGAUCGGCCGUUGGAGGCAUCUGAACCCACAUCCCCUGGGAAUGAAGUAGAGACCAUGCAGUUAAUGCAGCCCACUGAGUGUCACUCCGUCGUCACAACUUCAGCUGAUACGAUUGAGGAAGACUGCACCGUGGGAAACUCAUUGCCAGGUUAAGGAUCGGAUUUACCGCACUAGCUCUGUGUAUUCUUCAUGCAGAAAGGCUGUGGGAUCAGGAUAUCAGGAGGAUCAGCUCCACACUGCUUGGUAACAGAUGUUGCCUUUUCGGGGGGGAAAAAACUCUAAUGUGAACUUAAACUUCAAGCAUGAGGAGAAGUGAGAGGGAACGAGCUGCAGCAUGCCAACUCACUGAUUUGUAAAUCAAUCUUUAAUCGCAAGGAACCAUUGCAUUACCGCAGCCAAGUGAAAUGAAGGGCAACGGGACCUUAAGGUCACAUCGGACUGGAACAAAUUUUGAGGAAUUUGUGUGUGCCCCAUUUUUGUUUUCACUGACCAGGAGCUGACCAAACAGAAACACAUGGGUAUAAUAGAGAUGUUGAUUUAGAGACUGUUUACCAAAGAUGACAGAGAGGACAAAAGUGUUAAACACCAGAAUUAAUUUAGUUUAUUUUGGUCAUUUUCCAACUUUUUUUUUUUUUUUGGCACUAAAACAAAAGAUAAACCAGAAAAAAAAAACAAUUACAUUUUAGAUGUCAAAACAAAAUGCUCUCACUGGGAUUAUAAUCAACAAAAAACAUUUUAGAAAACAACUGGCGCAGAUCUUACCAGAGAGGUUGUUUUAUGGUGGGGCUUCAUUACACCUGAUGUCAUAGCUACUGGUUUUUGUUUGCAUCAGCGAUGGCAACGCUUAUAAAAUAUACUCCACAUACUGAAGUUUGCUGUAUACGCUAAGCUAUCUCUAGAGUUAAAGUCUGCAGCCCUUUCCAUAACAGUGUAACCAUAUGAUAUUUCAUAAACUGUGAAAUUAUACCGUAGUUGAAGGGAAAAGUUCUGCCCUCACAAGCUUUGUUAACAGACAUCCAACACUGUGCGUUUGUCUGUGUGUGUGUGUGUGUGUGUGUGUGUGUGUGUGUGUGUGUGUGUACAUAUAUUCUUUGGAAAUGUUACAAAUGGCUCUCAAACGUAUUCAAACUAAUUACUAACUACUGACUAAACUAAGUCUUUUUUGCUUCUAGAUUAUGAGCCUGUUUGUACAGUGUUUGUGUUGAAUAAAUUCAUAGUUCAACUCAUGUUCAACCAUUUAGCAAAUGUGAUGUUUUGCUUUUAUACUUUUUGAGUCAUUCAGUUUAUUUAUGGUGCUUUUAAGAGACAGAGUGCGACUGACAAGGUGUUUGUGUGUGUGCAUGUGAAGUUUUACACAUGUAGCUAGGAAUUGUGUACUUGUGUACUGUACACUCUGAUCAGGGCUGAAUCAUCAUGUAUAGACUGAAGUAUUUGAAAGGUGAGGAGGCAGAGAUGACCUGCAGGCAGUAAUAAUCUCACUGGUUGAGAUUAAUCUGCGUAAGGUCAACAAAGACAGAAAAAAAAAAAAUCAAUUCAGUUUGAAUUAGUCAGAUAAGUAACUCCCACCCUGAAGCUCCAUCCUCUGAUGUUUAACUCCUCCACUGUAACUGUGCUACAAGACCAGCUCUGUGUACCACAUAUAAUUACAUAGGUCUACACAAAAUCCAAUGUAUUUACAUAACAAAGAUUCAAAGUUAACUUUAGAAAAGGGAGAUUGUUGAUAUUUUUCAUUUUGGAUUCACAUAUUGGAGAUAAAAUGGACCUGUGCAUAGUAACCAGAGGGUCUAAGCUAUCACUGGUGUCUGUGUUUUUAUUAUUUAACUCCUGUGGAAUUUUUUGUUUGUAUGUGUUUUGUAAAAAGUGAAGAAAAAUAUUUUCAUUGUACAUUUACUGUAUGUUUGUGUAGAAUUCUUAUGUGAUUUGAGCUUCUCUCAAACUAUUAUAAUAGCAGCCGUUUUUGGAGAACAUUUAGACACGCCAUGUAAACGUUGAUGCAUCUUAAUGUUUUGCUCCAGGCCCGUUCACCUCAGUGUCCUCAGGGCACUUCCAUUGCUCUGUGCCACCGUGGCUUUUUUGAUCCUACCACUGGGGGACACCAAAGUCGGAAAUUAAAAAUUCUUCACAUAGCAACUUUAAAAUGUGUAAACACCAUGACAGUGCUUAACAAAUAAAGUUGACAUUGGUGACA